UCUCUAAUUCACUCUCCUCUCUCUCUCUUGAAUAUCUCCUAAUUCUUUAAAUCUUUCUCUCUCCCUCUCUCUAAUUCUAUUCUCCUCCUCUCCUCUUCUCUCCUCACAAUGCAUAUAUAUAAAUCACCACAGGAAAUCUCCAUCCCCCAAGAUGUGAAUCUCACGGAAUUACUCCAUGCCAGCGCCCAUUCUCCCCCCCUUCCUCCCUCCCAUGAGAUCGCAACCGACACCUUUGAGGGUCGCAGCGUGACGCUCGGAGAACUACGCCAGAACGCCGGGGGGCUGGCCCAGGGGCUGUCUUCACACUUCCAGCCCGCCGACCAGAGCCGGUGGGCGCUGCUCAUGCCCAACGGCGUCACCUUCAUCGAGGCCGUGCAUGCCAUCCUCUGGCAGGGGGGCGUCUUCUGCCCGAUCAACCACGAGCUGCGGGCGGGCGAGAUCGGAUACGCCUUCACCGUGUGCAAGCCGGCGUAUGCGAUUGUCUGGUCGGAGGUGCUUCCGUUGGUUCUGGAAGCGUUGAAAACCUCGAAAGAAGUUGAUCCGGAAUUCAACCCACCCAAGAUCAUCACCGUCGGCUCCGUGGAUGGAUAUCCGUCCUUUGACUCCUUCAGGUCGGCGGACAGCAUGGAGGUCCCUCACCACAGCGACACCCGCACGCGCGCGGCCAGUAUUCACCUCUCGUCUGGCACGACAGGCAAGCAAAAGGGCGUGCUGCUGACGCACUACAACUACGUCGCCAACGUGUACCAAUGCCAUGCCCACGAUCCGGCGCACUGGUCCCCCCCGCACACCAGCCUGGUGUACUCGCCCAUGGUGCACAUCGCCAACACGACGGUGCCCCUGUUUCUGGGUCCGUGGGGAGGCACCAAGCAUGUCAUCAUGCCCAAGCUGGACAUCCCCCGGCUGUGCGAGCUGGUCGAGAAGCACCGCGUCGUGGACAUGCCUCUGCCCCCGGCGUUGGUGACCGCUCUCCUGACCGGCGAGCUGACCAAGAAGUACGAUCUCUCCUCGGUGAAGUACCUGGUGGGCAUGGGCGUGCAGAACCAGAGCGUGGCCGACCGGCUGCUGCAGCUGCACGACUGGACGCUCGUCAAUCUGUACGGCAUGACCGAGGCGGCCCCGUAUGUCUCCUGGUCGAAGCUGGGCGAGAUGCUCCCGGCCGGCCAGGUCGGCUCGUUCGUGCCCAACAUGGAGUUCCGCCUGUGUGACGGCGACGGUAAGGACGUGCCCGUCGGAGCCAAGGGCGAGCUAUGGCUUCGCGGGCCCAAUGUUACCCCCGGGUACAUCGACAAUCCCGUAGCCACGGCGGCAGCCUUCAAGGAGGGCAGCUGGUACAACACGGGGGACGUGUGCACCAUCUCCCCUGCUGGGAUCAUGGCCAUUGUCGGCCGCACCAAGGAGCUGUUCAAGUCCAGCGGCUUCCAGGUCAGUCCGCAGGAGCUGGAGCAUCAUCUCGUCGGUCAUCCCCAUGUCGCCGAGGUGGCUGUCGGCCCUGUGUAUGACGAGGCCAAGCAGACGGAUGUCGCGGCGGCGUACGUCAUUCUGAAGGCGCAUCUGAAUGAUAAGGAAGACAAAGUCACUGCCUUGGGACACAUUCAGGGCUUCCUGGACGGUAAAGUCAGUGGCUAUAAGAGGUUGAAGGGGGGCGUGUGGGAAGUGACGCAGCUCCCUAAGAAUGGCACAGGGAAGAUCCUCCGCCAUUUGAUCACAGAGCAUAAAACAGGUCUUGUUUCCGCGCCUAAACCGAAGCUGUAGUUCAAUUAUCAGAAGUUACUUUAUAUCCAUGUACAUGGCUUGUAUUGCAAAUAUUGUCUAAACACAAUUACUACUACUUGGAGUUAACAGAAAAGACUUUCCAGACCAUGACU